GCCAUCUAGCCCCACCCAAGAUGACGAUCUAGCACAACGUAUGGAAAGCUUCUCCCUUUCUAAUCGAGAAUCCUUAUUGGUGGAUAUAGCGCAAGCAGAUAUCAAAGUUAGCGCAGAUGAAUGUCACCGCAGCUUGUUCGGGAAAGUGGUUGGCGAUCGUUCAGCCAAUUGGAUUGGGAUUAAACGUUCAAUGACCCAGAUAUGGAGGCUUUCCCAACCAAUGGAGGUUAAAGAGUUAGAGCCGAAUUAUUUUCAAUUCAUCUUCCAGAGCAGAGAUGACCUAAAACGAGUCAGUUAUGGUACCAACUGGACAUUCGAGAAUCAAUACUUGAUUCUCCGUGAAUGGCGUUCUGGCUUGAAUAGUAAGCAUCCGUGUUUCCAAGAACUCAAUAUCUGGGUUCAAGUUGUGAAUGUGCCUUUGAACUGGCUCAGCACUGAUGUAGGCAUCAAAAUUGGUACAGUUUUUAAAGAAGUUGACAAUGUGGUUAUAGCCAACUAUGGGAAUCACGGAGGUAAAUUUCUUCGCCUAUUGGUAACUCUUGACCUAAUGGAACCAGUUCCCAGAUGCACCAAAGUUAGACUUGGUGAAGAAGUGGUAACUAUCAGCUUCAAGUAUGAAAAACUUAGAAAUCUAUGCCAUUACUGUGGACACAUUGGCCACCUGGAGAAAGGAUGUUUUAAAAAGGUUGAUGACAUCAAAGCUCGAUGUCUUAAAGAGGGCCAAUAUGGAGAUUGGCUGAGGGCUCCAGAAGGACAAUACUGGGCUAGCAACAACAAUUUCACCUCAGGCUCAAGAAGCCCACCUCGAAGUCCAAGUAACUCUCAACACCCUUCUUCUCCAACUCACACUGAGAAUCAAGAUCACAGGGGUAGUCAAGCUUCUCAUGAACAACAGCUUAUUGUUCACUCAGCUGAAUCCAACCCUGCCCUUAAAUCUUCAACUCAUGGUUCUUCUAGCAGCUCCCAUACUGCACUCUGCAAGCCAUUAGAGUUGUCCAAAGCUCCUAUUAUCCAAGAGGAACCUUCAAAACCAAUGGAAGUUGAAACAAGAAUCCUUCCUUUAACAAUUGUCAGUCCUCCCAAAGCUACAACAACAGGCCAAGGCAAGCUUACAACUUGGAAAAGAAUUGGAGACAAGGAAGGCAGGCUUCAAAGACAGGAUGAGUCUCCUUCUCAAUUACAAUCCACAAUCAUUAGUAAGAAAUUAGGCUUUGAGGACAGAUUUUCAAUUGCUGAUCCUCAGGGUCUUAGUGGAGGGCUCUUAUUAUUAUGGGAUCACUCAGUCACUAUUCUCAACAUGCAGGCUUCUUCCUUCUUUAUAGCAGUUCAUUUUCAGAUCUCUUCUUCAGAGCCUCAGUGGGGAGUGUUUGUCUAUCUAAGCACCUGCAGAGCCACUAGAGUUACUCAAUGGGCAGACCUUGAGUCUGUGAGGCAUAAUUGGGGCAAUCUUUGGUUUGUGAUUGGAGAUUGGAACGAUAUCUGUUCCAGUGCAGACAAAAGAGGAAGAAAUUCCAGAUUGCAGAGUAGCUUCUCAGGCUUCAACUCUUUUAUCAGGAAUAUGGAUAUGGAAGAAAUAAUGAUGCUAGGCCAUCAAUUUACUUGGAGUAAUAACAGAGUGGCUGAUGGAUUGGUGGAAGAGAAAUUGGAUAGAGGCUUUGGCUCCAUUGACUGGCACCACCAAUUCCCUAAUGCCAAGGUCCUGAAUAAGGUAGCAAGUUCUUCUGAUCACUCAAUAUUGUUGAUGGAUGCUGGUCAGUUCAAAGAUAGAAAAGCAAAGCGAUUUCAUUUUGACAAAAGGUGGGUGGAAAAGGAAGGUUUUCUAGAAAUUGUGACAAAAGCCUGGUCUACUCCUGUCAGUGGCACUCCUUUUUACAGACUCAAGGAGAAGGUCAAAAACACCAGAGCUGCCUUGCUACUUUGGAGCUCCAAAUUUCACUCCCAAAACCAACUCAAAAUAGCCUCUCUCACUCAGAAGUUAGAAUCCCUAAGAGAGCAACAGACUAUCUCCAACUGGGAGGAUUGGAACUCAACAAGAAUUGAAUUGGAAAAAGCACAUCACACAGAAGAGUUAUAUUGGCAACAAAAGGCAAGAUUAAACUGGCUCAAACAGGGAGAUUGCAACUCGAGGUUCUUUCAUGCCUACACCCAACAGAAAAGGAGACAAAAUGCAAUCUCAAGACUUAUCACAUCAAGGGGAGAAGAGCUUACAUCGAAACAUGCCAUUCAAUCCCACAUUACAGAGUUUUAUUCCACUCUUUUUUCUACUGAAGGCUCUUGGGGUGGGGACUCAAUUCUCCACUUAAUCCCAAAGACCAUUUAUGAGGAUAUGAAUACAUCCCUGAUGCAGCCUGUUGAGGAGGAUGAGAUCAAGACAGCUCUGUUUAGUCUUCCUCCUGAAAAGGCACCUGGAGAGGACGGUAUGAGUGCUUUUUUCUAUCAACACCUUUG